UGAGUGAUCAUGUCCUUGUUCAAAUCGCGAGAAUGGUGGAGUACAAAUUGCGGAAUAGAUGAAACAUUUGGUGCCUUUCACAUGUGUGUGGCCGACUAUGAAAGCGUAAUCAAUGGCGUUGUCAAGCAAAUAAUCAUAGUAGGCAGUUUGGAGGGCUACCUUCGAAUUUACGAUCCACAACCGCAGUCAUCAUCAGCUGAUGAGAAUUCUUGUUCUUCGGAUUUACAACUCGAAACACAAUUAGCACUACCAGUCCUAGCAGUUUUAUCAGGGCGAUUCAACAAUACUGAGGGAUUACAUGUAGCCGUACUUCACCCAAAGCACUUACGCGUUCUUCGCAUUAUGAUUAAUGAGAAUACCCAAUUAAAUUCUCAUUGUACUGUGGAUUUUAUGUACGAGCAUAAACUGCCCUUACAUGGAUACACGCUUAUUGCUGGACCAUCGAACGUGCUAUGCGUGCAGUCACUGACCGAGGGAACGCUUAUGUUUUUCGAGAAUGAGAGAGUCGGCGUGAGUUUCAAAUUACCUACUCUUCAUCUUCUUCCGUCACCCAUGUGUUAUGUUUCUUCAACUGAAAGCUUCAUCGUUUGCGAUUCGUCUUGGAAUCUUCACAGCUACAACUAUCAAUCGUUGGCGAACUCGACGGUAGAAGGAUCUCGUGCAUCGAACAAACUUUUGUCUGAUUGGGAAUUUGAACUUGGGGAAGCAGCGCUAGACGUGCAAUACAUUGGCACAUAUGUUGUCACAUUGGGCGAAAGACAUCUUUAUUGCCUAAAGGAUACCGACGGAACUAUUGUGUGGACUAGAAAACUAGACUAUCACCCGAUGUGCUGCACUCUCUUGAUUCCACCGGACUCCCCUGAUAGCUUUGUAGUUUUAGUAUGCACAGAUGCGCAUACUUUACUUGUCUAUAAGGACAAUUUGGUCGAAUGGAAUUGCAAGUUACCCGUUACGCCGUUAGUUAUUAAAACAGCAACUAUACAGUCCAUAAAAGGAUUGAUAAUCUCUCUAUCUGACGUUGGCCAACUGAACGUUUUGUACAUGGGAACACAACAAGUGCAGUACGGUUUUCUCCACGAAGCUUCCCAGCGUCCAGUUAAUUAUGAACGCGGGCUUAAGGAAGUCCAACAACUUACAAAGUCUCUUCGUUCAGGACAACUGAAAGACUUAGCACCAAAAGAAAAAGAAAUGGAACUGGAUCUAAAACUCGAUUCCAGCAACUGUAGCGAAUACUUGGAAACACAAGAAUUAGUAGAAGCAAUCAAAGGUCAUAUAAAAAUUGCUAUGCCGAAAAAUCCGCACGGAAAUAUCCGAGUGUUAUUUAACUGUGAUCCAUUGAUUACUGCCACACCUUCCGAAACCUGCCUUCAACUCAAUAGUGUAGGAGAAGCUGAUUUGCCUGUCAUGUUCCACGCUGUCCCAACAAAAAGCGGAAUGGUUGCUUCACUGCGUGUGGAAGUUUCCGUCGUUACAAUGUUGACAGGAACUUGUUCAAUGACGAGACAUUUCGACUUGCCAUUGCAGCUGGUUGCAAGCCUUUCAGUGCCGGUGCGUGAAGCCCAUAUCAAAGUAACUCUAUCGACGAAUCAGCCGGCUGCCAAUUUAGUCCAUCUCUUUCAAGAUUUUCCAGUGGAAGAUUCCAUGUCUAACGUGAUUGCUUUCAAGCAUCGUAAUGGGACAAUAGUGUCCCUUCUGGUCUCCAAAACCACAAACAAAUAUCGGUUACAGUCAGACAGUUUGGCGGCGCUAGCUUUACUAGUCGAUGAUCUGCAGAGGCGAUUACGUCUUCACUUUAGCGAAGCGGAAAAUCUACAAGUGAAUUUAGACUCACCCUUUCCCAUUCAGGAAAUAUGGAAUCAGGUUGAGUCUCACUAUACCCUCUACACGGAAUUGAGAAAAGAAAUGAUGAAACUUGGCCAAACCAGCCGUCAGUUCCAGAUCAUUCAACGCGUAUUCCAUAACAAGAUUCUCAAUACCAAGACGGUCGAUCUCACUCAAGGCACUUUUACCGCUGUGCAGUUAGCUCAAGACCACGUCAGUCGUUGCGUACAACAAGUUGAGUUGUUGCAAGAGAAAUUUGAAACUGCCACUUACUCGUUGGAAGGCUCACUCAAAUGUAUUCUGUCUUUACUCAAAAUGGAAACUGACAGUGUUAAAAAGCGAAAUGUUGAUUUACUUGAAAAAGCUCUACUACCUGUUGAACAUCUAAAUAUCGAUCAGGUAAUAAGUGCACUAUGUUUAUGA